AUGAUCAACGAUCAACAGCCUCAACAACAAACCCGGAAGCCAAUCAUGGCGGCCACUACUCCUCCAGCUGAAAUCAGCCUCUACAUACUCACCUAUAACUGUGGUCUCGCGCCCAUAGACAUCGACGCCUUCGCAUCGCAGCUCUUUUCUGGCCUCACCACCUCAAGUCUCCCUGAUUUGCUUAUUCUUUCCCUGCAAGAAAUCGCACCCAUACCAUAUGCCUUAAUUGGAGGAUCAUUUCAGGCUCCAUACUUCAAACGUUUCCAUCGCGCUGUUCAGAAUGCUUCGCAGAAGUUCACGAAUUCUACUGAAAAUGAUCAGAUAUACUCUCCAAUAUCGUCGCGAAACCUAGGGAUGACGGGUAUCAUGGCGUUUGCAAAGGACCCGGACGCUAUCAGAGAUAUUGAAACCGGAGGAGUUGGGGUGGGGUUGGCAGAAAUGGGCAAUAAAGCAGCAGUGGGAGUCAGAUUUUCAUAUCACAAGGGAGGCAGUUCGACAGAGCUUACGUUCGUUGCGGCGCACCUUGCGGCUAUGGAGGAUUGUUGGGAGCGGAGGAAUGAAGACUGGAAGAGUAUUGUUCGAGGACUUGUAUUUUCAUCUGCACUGGCGGAUGGCACAAAGUCAAGAACAGAACUGUCGCCGGAAGGAGCUUCGCUGCUCUCCAUCUCCCCAAGGGAUGCCUCUGUCUACAAGCCUACCUCUCACCUUUUUGUUGCAGGCGAUCUGAACUACCGUACCUCGAGUCUACCCCCUGCUCCAUCCGAUCACAUAAACACCUUUCCACAACCGUCUAUGGAUUCAUCCUCCCCGAAUCAUUACUACAAACUUUUCGAAUUAGAUCAAUUGAACCAAGAGCGACUAGCUGGCAGAACAUGCCAAGGUCUCACAGAAGCCCCUGUUAACUUUCCCCCAACCUAUAAAUAUCAGCUCAAGGAACCAUUUCUAACAUCAGAUGAAAACUUGUCAAGGUGGAACUGGGCAAAGCAUAGGUGGCCAUCCUGGUGUGACCGCGUAUUAUUCUUGGAUAUGCCUAAAUGGAUGUCUACCUCCCACCCCAACGCAAAAAUCGUACCCCGCAAAUAUACCGCACUUCCAUUACUACCAACGUCAGAUCAUCGCCCCGUGUCACUUGAAGUAACAGUUCCGAUAAUACCAAUCCCAAGUCCGCCCGAUGAAGAUCAGGAUGAUCCGAGAAGCAAGCCUCCUUUUACUAUUAAUCCUGACUGGCGGGCGCAAAGAAAUCGCGCGAGAAAGGCGGAGCUGUUCGUUGGAUUCUUGAUGUAUUAUACUACUACGACUGAAGGGGGCUCGAUUUUGCUGGCUAUGACGAUUGGUACCAUAGCCUUUUACAUUGCUAUUAGAGCAAUCCUUGGUAUGUAG